UCCUGCCCACAGGGCGCCCACCAGCCGGCCGUGGUCGCGUCACGGGGGCACAAAAUAAAAAAAAAAAGGACAAAAAACGCCAGAGGCGCUACUUUGCCACUUUCACUGCAACUGACGCUGCAGCUGCUCGGAUCGCGUGUGCGCCGUUCCUCGCAUUCACCGUCAAAUUAGCAGCACGAUGUAUAGGACGGCGAAGGAGGUCCACUGGGACCGUGUCCCCGCCGACGCGCCUUCAGCCUCCCACCGUGUGUUUCUGUUACUGCUACGGUCCUGGUGAGUGGAUUCGCGAGAUCCGGGUAGUCGGCAGCGGCGGAGUGGGACGUGGAGCAGAAGACAAUGGGCGUUGUACACGCGUCGUCGGCGUCCGCGUCGUCGGAGUUGUGGACAGUGCUGGCUGGCGCCAUAGCUCUGCUGCUGGCCACGGGCGAAGCGCGAGCGGCUAAAGACAUGCCGCUGUUCAACGUGACGGCGGUGGCGGGCGAGUCUGCGCGGCUGCCCUGCGACAUCUCGACGCCGGAGCUGGGCGACGCCGUGCUGCUGGUGCUCUGGUACCGCGAGGACCUGGGCACGCCCGUCUACAGCGUGGACGCCCGCGAGCGCGACUUCUCGCAGGCGGAGCGCUGGUCCAACGAGACGGUGUUCGGCAGCCGCGCCUACUUCGUCACCGACCGGCCACCCGCAGCACUCGCCGUGGAGAGCGUGCGGCCGCGAGACCAGGCCACCUACCGCUGCCGCGUCGACUUCCGCUUCGCGCAGACGCGCAACUCUAAGGUCAACUUCACGGUCAUAGAGCCCCCGGAAGACCUGGUGAUUGUGGACGAGAAGGGCAACAACCGGACAUCGGUCGUGGGGCCCUACACCGAGGGCUCCAGUCUCUCCCUCAGCUGCGACGUCUUUGGAGGCAAACCAGCACCUACUGUGGAGUGGUACCGGGAAGAGCGACUGGUGAGCAACCAGUCGUCGGUGGUGGGGAAGGGCCGGAUGCGCGCCCAGCUCACCAUGCACGGCCUCACGAGGGCCGACCUGCUCACCAGCCUGCGCUGCAGGGCCUCCAACAACGACCGCCGCCCGCCCAAGGAGGCCGCCGUCCUGCUCGACAUGAACUUGCAACCCUUGGACGUGCGGCUGCUUGGGGUGAGCCAGCCGCUGUCUGCCGGCCGCCGCUACGACCUGCUGUGCCAGUCCUCCGGCUCCAGACCUCCGGCGCGCAUCACCUGGUGGUUCAAUGGGCAGAGGUCCCAACACUCCAAAGAGACGACGUCGAACGACGGCAACACGACGACGAGCACGCUGUCGUGGGUGGCGAGCAAGGAGGACGCGGGCCGCCACCUGUCGUGCCGAGCCGAGAACACCGCCGUGGGCGGCGACGCCCUCGAGGACGGCGCGCAGCUGCAGAUACACUAUAUUCCCGAGGCGACAAUCCAGCUUGGCACGUCGCUGAACCCAGACAACAUCAGGGAAGGCGCCGACGUGUACUUCGACUGCAUCAUCACGGCCGUGCCGCCCGUCUUUCGUGUCGAGUGGCGCCAUAACGGCAGGGUGCUGGGCCCUGGUGCUGGUCGAGGCCUCAUCAUUAGCAACCAGAGCCUGGUGCUGCAGUCGGUGGGCCGCGCCAGCGGCGGCAACUACUCCUGCGUCGGCGUCAACUCUGAGGGCGCCGGCGAGAGCAAGCCCUUCCACCUCAACGUGCUCUACGCCCCGACGUGCAAGCCGAACCAGAGCCGGGUCAUCGGCGUGGCGAAGAACGAGCGCGCCAACAUCUCGUGCGAGGUGGAGGCAAACCCGGCGGACGUGACGUUCCGCUGGACGUUCAACAACUCGGCGGAGAGCUUGGACGUGGCGCCGUCGCGCGUCGCCAGGGCGGGGCCCGUCAGCUACGUCGCCUACACGCCGGCCACGGAGCUCGACUACGGGACGCUGCUCUGCUGGGCCAGCAACCACAUCGGCAGCCAGCGCGCGCCCUGCGUCUUCCACAUCAUCGCCGCCGGCCGGCCGGACCAGGUGCACAACUGCUCGGUGCUGAACGUGUCCACGGACUCGCUGGCGGUGCGCUGCUCGGAGGGCUUCAACGGCGGCCUGCCGCAGUCCUUCCUGCUGGAGGUGCGCGAGGCCGAGUCGCAGGCGCUGCGCGCCAACCUGUCGGCGCCCGUCGCCGCCUUCGCCGUGUCCAGCCUGAGCCCGGGCGAGCGCUACCACGCCUGCGUCUACUCGUACAACCUGAAGGGCCGCAGCGAGCCCGUCGUCCUCACCGCCGCCACCAUCCGCCUGCCCGAGCGGCAGCUCACCGCCAGCGUGCAAGAGCGCCCGCGCGCGCCGGCCAGCGUGCUGACGCCGGCGCUGGGCCUGGUGGUGGGCGUGCUGGCCGCCAUGCUGGUGCUCGGGGGCGGCAUCGCGCUGCUGAUGCGCCUCUACUGCUCGCAGCGCCGCCCCCGGCCGCACGCGCCGCGCCGCAAGCGCGACGCCGACCUGGGCCUGGGCCUCGGCCUGGGACUGGGGGGCGGCAGCAAGGCCGCCAGCCCCGUCGCGCCCGCCGCCUCCGCCGGCACCGCCUCCGGCCCUUACAAGGGCUGCGGGAGCCCUUCCAGCAAGGGCACGCUCGCCACCGUCGACAGCGCCGACAGCGACGAGAAGAACCCGGACGUCAUACCGCAGUCACAGAAGGACGUGGAUGAAGAGCCAGCCGCCGUGGACGAGCGGUUCUAG